AUGCCUCACCAAACCAAAUACAGUAGCUCUAGCUGCAGAAAUUUUAGCUCUUCUUCUAUGCCAAGGAAUAUGAAUAGGAGUACCAUGAGCUCUUCAAGAAGCAUUAGUGGCUCAAGGAUGCAGUCCCAUUCCAACAGAAGUGCCUAUAAUCUUGGAGGAACAAGAAAAAUUUCUGUUGCAAGCUGUAAUACUGGCAUGAGUGGAUAUAGGGGGUCAGGUAUGGGUGGUGGUUUUGGGGGUGGUAUGGGUUCCGGAUAUGGCUCAGCUGGAGCUGGCUAUGGUAGACCUGGAUUUGGGGGCUCAGGCUUUGGUGGAUCUGGCUUUGGUCCUGGUAGAUGUGGAAGCAUUACAAAUGUAACUGUCAAUGAGAGUCUUCUGACCCCCUUAAAUCUGAGCAUUGAUCCACAAAUUCAGAACAGACGGAAAGAAGAAAAGGAACAGAUCAAGACUCUGAAUAACAAAUUUGCUUCUUUUAUUGACAAGGUGCAGUUUUUAGAACAGCAAAAUAAAAUUCUGGAAACCAAAUGGACUUUACUGCAAGAACAGAAAACUGCAAAAAGCAAUAUGGAACCAUGUUUCGAAUCCUACAUAAGUAACCUAAGUAGACAGUUACAUUUCUUGGAAAGUGAGAAGGGGCGUCUUGAUGGAGAAAGUAGGAACAUGCAAGAUCUAACGGAAGACUUCAGGAAAAAGUAUGAAGAUGAACUCAACAAGCGCACAGCAGCAGAAAAUCAAUUUGUAGAACUGAAAAAGGAUGUUGAUGCAGCAUUUUUAGCCCAAUCAGCCCUGCAGGCAAAGGUUAAUUCCUUGACCGAUGAGAUGAACUUCAUCAAAACUAUUAAUGACAUGGAAAGAGCUCAACUUGAAACUCAAAUCUCUAACACCUCAGCUAUUAUAUCCAUGAAUAACAACCGAGACCUAAAUAUGGAUCCCAUAAUUGCUGAGAUCAAGGCUCAGUAUGACGAGAUUGCUAAUAACAGCAGAGCUGAGGCUGAAUCCUGGUAUCAAUCAAAAUAUGAAGAACUACAGACUACAGCAGGAAAGCAUGGAGAUGACCUAAGAAACACCAAGAAUGAAAUUUCAGAUCUUAACAGGUUAAUUAACAGGAUCAAAGGCGAAAUUGACACUGUAAAGGCUCAGAAAACAAAAUUAGAGCAUGCGAUUUCUGAAGCAAAUGAUCGUGGGGAGAUGGCUAUCAAAGAUGCAAAGGAAAAACUGGCCGAACUUGAAGAAGCUCUACAGAAGGCCAAGCAGGACAUGGCUCGCCAAACGAAAGAGUGCCAAGAACUGAUGAAUGUGCAACUAUCUCUGAAGGUUGAGAUUGCUGCCUAUAGGAAACUGUUAGAAGGGGAAGAGUGCAGGAUUUCUGAAGAAGGUGCUGGUCCUGUGAAGAUAUCUGUUGUUACAUCAACUAUGGGAAGUUCCUCCAGCAAUGCACGUGACUCAUACCAUAAUGAAGGAAUGAGCUCUGGUGGUGUCCGUUUCAGUGGAGGAAUGAGUGGCAGCCACUUCAGUGGUGGAAAUAAUUUUAGCUCUGGCAGUGGAAAUGUCAACAGAGGUUAUAGCACUGGGUCUGGAUAUACUUCUGGAAGCAGCUCAACUAUGACCAGUAGAACCACCUCGACAAGUUCCAGAAAAAUAUAA